AUGCCCAAGCCAAAUGGUAUGAUGGGUUGGUGGAUCAAUUGUCGUCGGGGGAGUUCCUCGUUCAAAGCCCUAAUUUCCUCUUCGGGUCACGCGUCUCGACGCGAUCGAAUAUUGCGGGGCUCUCCUUUCUCGUCCUUCCUCAUCAAUCAUGAACAUUCAAGACCUCCCAACAGAAGUACACUAUUGAAUGAUAUCAUAGGCUCUAUAGCCGAAUAUGAUGAACUGCCGAAGGUUUCUGCUGAAGACGAUGACUUGGUCGAGGAUUACUCAGAUCUUGUCCAAAUAUGUCUCGUCUCCCGCAGAUUCCGUGAUCUAGCCCAACCUUUCCUAUUUCGCAAGUUUGAUGACCUAGCCAUCACUGGCCUACUCAAGACCUUGAAUUUCGCCGCGACCCUUUCUCGUCGUCCAGACCUUGCAAAAUGCGUCCAAGACAUCUACAUCGCCCCAAACGACAUUGCUGGGGACAAGGCCUCCCAAACGAUCGCUCAGCUCAAACUCGUCGUCAAAAGCCUUCAAUUGGGCGACGUGGAAGAGCAACGCUGGUGCAGCUCUAUCCAUGAAGUUGACGUUGGCGUGAUUGUGGCGCUGCUACUUAGCAUGACACCUAAUCUUCGGGCUCUGCGUCUGCCAGGUGGCUGCUUUUCAUAUAGCCCGUUCAACCUCCUUCUUGGACGGGACCCAUCAUACCUGUCCAACUUGGAAGUUUUGUGGAUCGAGUGCGAGAAAGACUCUCGCGCAUACGAAAUCAGCGAAUUCGAACGGUUCCUCACGCUCCCGAGUCUCAAAUUCCCGACUUUCGAGCGCGGAAAUCUCUCCAGUGUCUCGUUCCCGUCUACCUGGAAAACCAAGUCAUUGAAUGCAGAGGAGCUGGCCUUCUCGAGGUAUAAGCCUGGACGUAUUCCGAGUCCUCGCAUUGGAAACGAAUUCAAUGCUGCACAGGCUCGCAAAGCCCUCCUUUCGCAAAAGAAUACACUCGAGCACCUACAAACCGAGUACUUUCGGGAUCCCCAGCACCUUGAAAAUAUUCAAAACUACAUCAACAGCCGAGCGAAAAUUGGCCCACUGAGAGAUUUCCACCAGCUCGAGACGAUCUUCCUGCAGCAUGCCGUGCUUCCGGCACACCCUGUAUUUCCUAGCUCGCUCAAACGAUUGGAUAUCACAGAUUGCAACUCUUCUAUCCGAAACAUGGUCCAGAACAUCGCAAAAGAUGCUCAAAAUCGGCACUACCCGGCGCUUGCCGAACUUAAGGUCCUGACACUUGAUGUCACAGCACCGAUCAAACUUCACAGCCAACGCAUUCCACCCGGCAAGACCCCUGAACAAUGUUUCCGCAGUCUCCAGGACAUGUUCAAAGGCACCCAAGUUAACUUUCAGAUCUGCCCGUACAAAUUCCCAUACGCAGAUUCUGAUGAUGAUUAUGACGAGGAUGAAGAUGGCUGGUACACUGAUGAUGACUAUUACAAUGAUGGCGAGGAUGAUUAUGGUUUCCCUUCUGGAUUGGGACUGGAAGGCGUUCCCCGUGAAGCAUUGCCUCCUGGACUUUUCGAUUUGCUAGCGCAAAUUUGA